AUGCAGCCACUAGGUAGACAACAAAUUGUUGAAGGCAGCGACCACAUUAAACAAUGCACUAUUUCAGAUGAUAUUAUAUUGGCCGAUUGUUAUGAAUAUGACUAUACCUUGUGGAUGCUCGCCACCAGCAAACUAGGACGCACUAUUUCUUUUGAUCCUUUGGGUAUAAGUAUUGGUGACAACAUUGAAUCGAAAGAGUAUAUCUGCAGACGAUAUGAGAAGCAGUUCUCGCAUAUAACCAUACGAUUUGUUUUCUUCUAUGCCAAUACCGCUGGCGCUGGGGAUUUCAUGCCAGCCGACCAACUUGAGGAGGGAUUCUAUCGGACCCUUGCUCUCUGUCCCUGGUUCGCUGGUGAGCUUAAACAAACCCCAAGCGGCGGAAUGGAGGUCAUCGUCGAUGAGGAGAAACUGAAUAUGCCCUAUUACCGUGAGUCACAGUCUUUGGUGCAUUUCAGCAAGAUUCAGUCCUCUGGAUUCCAUCGUAUGACCUGGCCUGACAAUCUGGUUCCUGUUGGGCCGGUUGCAUAUCCUGACAAGGCUACUGGGAUGAUCAAGCUUUUACACAUCCAAGUUGUGCGGCUGAAGGAAAACAGCGGAGUGGCCAUUUCAGUCAAUUUCAACCAUGGAGUCGCAGAUGAUGAGACGCGUGCGCUAGUAUCAGGCGUGCCUGUCGCAGAAGCAAGCUUUUGCUUUGGUGGCGAUAUCAUCAAGAGACACCUGCCAACUGAGCGCGCACCCCUCAGUGAACCGUCCUGCAAAGUGCUUUCAGCAAAAUCCCACGUGGCAGAUUUCUUCAUGUGGCUCUCACUUAACAAGCGCGGAAUGCUGGCGAGCUAUUUAGUCAACUCUGCUUCACCGCGUGGGCAUCUAUUCCGGAUAUCGCGUUCCAAGAUUGACAGGCUUCGCAGCCAAGUACUCGAGCAUCUGCCACACGAAACACGCCUGUCCACUAACGACAUCAUCUCUGCUGCUUUACACAGGGUUCACGAGCAAGCUGUGAUAGGAAAGAGUAGAGGAUGGCUGGAUAGGCUAACUGGCUGGAAGAAUGGAGUUGCAGGCGAGCACUGUACUGCCGUAGUCGUUAAUUAUCGCCGCCAGCUUGGAAUGUCAGAGUUGAACUACAUGGGGAAUCCGAUAUUCAGCGAAUUUGUUCUCACCCCGAUGCAUCAGGCAAAUCUGCCAAUUACUCCUAAGACGAUUUCUGAAGUAGCUGGUCAGAUUCGGUCACAGGUAUCGGCGCUUACUAUCCCGCGCAUCGGACAAAAUAUCGAUGUAUUUGAUUCCGGUGAGAAAUAUGCCGCAGAUUUCUUCGUCAUCGGUAUGACUCACAAGCUUAUGACAAUAACUACUAAUAUAACGUCUGCCAAGAUGUACUCUGCAGACUUUGGCCAUGGCGUUCAGGCUUUUUCGACGAUACAUCCGGAGCUUGCCAUGGGUAUAUUUCUGAUUCUUCCAUCGCCACCCUCCAAGCAAGGACAUUCUUGUCAAUAUCUGUGA